AUGGCUGAUAAUAAAGUUAAAUAUAUAAUCUCUAUUGAUAGUAAAUCAGGAGAAGCUAAUAUAAAGAAUAUAAAAGCAGAAUUUGAUAAAACAUCAAAAUCUGUUUCUUCUCUAAAAGAAAAACUUGCUUCUUUUGGAAAAAUAUCAAUUGGUGUUGAUUAUAUCGUAAAAACUUUCAAUGUCUUAUCUGGCGUAGCAAACGAAUGUUAUUCUGCAUGGCAAGCACAAAACGAAGUUGAGACAAAACUUGCUGCCGUAAUGAAAAAUACAAUGGAUGCGACUCAAGACGAGGUUAAAAGCAUUCUUGAUUUGGCAGCAGCUCAACAGAAACUUGGUGUUAUUGGCGACGAAGUUCAAUUGGCAGGUGCUCAAGAACUUUCUACAUAUCUUGGAAAGAAGGAUUCAUUGGAGAAAUUAUUGCCAGUGAUGAACGAUAUGCUUGCUCAGCAAUACGGUUUAAAUGCAACUCAAGAAAGUGCUGUAAGCAUUGCUACCAUGAUGGGUAAGGUUAUGGAUGGUCAGGUUGGAGCGUUGAGCCGAUAUGGCUACAAAUUCGAUGAGGCACAAGAAAAAAUCCUCAAAUUUGGUACCGAAGAGGAACGAGCUGCAACACUUGCCGAAGUUGUCUCAGAAUCAGUUGGUGGUGUUAAUGCUGCACUAGCAGAAACUGAUGCUGGAAAGUUAAAACAAGCAUCAAACAAUUUUGGAGACUUACAGGAACGUUUUGGUCAAUUCAUAGAAAAGACAAAAGUCGCAACACUUCCUUUAUUGAAUACAUUUGCAGGAAUAGCAGAAUCAGUAUUGCCUAUUCUUGACACAUUUAUAGAACCACUAACCAAUGCGAUUCAAUGGCUUGUUGGUAAAAUAAACUGGCUUGCUCCAAUUCUUCAUAAAAUGUUUGCACCUGCUUUGAAUAUAUUAAAGCAGAUGACUGACAAAACAGGCAACUUACAUUCAAUGUUUGGUUCUAUUGGUAACCUUUUUGCAACAACCAUUCUUCCAGCAUUACAGAAUAUGUUCAAUUGCCUAUGGGAAGUUAUUGGUGCGGUAGUAGAGUUUUAUAAUAAUUCUGAAAUGCUCAAAGACAUAUUCUCUGGACUUAUGAGCAUAAUCGGAGGCUUCUUUGACAUAUUAUCUGGUGUGUUUUCAUUGUUAAGUGAUUUGUUCAUGAAUGUGAUUCUACCUAUUUGGAAUGUAUUUGAAUGGGUAUAUAGAAAAGUCAAAGAACUGAUUACUGGCAAACCUGUAAAACAAGAGAAAUCACCUACAUCUACAACACCAAGUUCUGGUUCUACAAUGGAGAACUUGAAUGCAAGUGUCAAUUCUGGUGUAAGUAAUACAUCACUAAACAAAGAACUUGGUUCUAAAACCGAAGCCGUUGCCACUGGUGGCACUCGAAACACUGUUGUAAACAUUCAAAUGGGUAAAUUCUUCGACAAUAUGAUAUUUAACGGAGGUGUGAGCGAGAACUCGCAAGACAUAGAAAAACAAUUCCAUAAAAUCAAUCCAUAUCAAUCGCAUCAGUUCGCAUUCGGUUACAAUGUGCUGCAACCUGUUGUUCCAUUUCAGCAGGUAGUAGAUCCAAAUCAAUUGAUACGAAUUGAAACGAAAAGGAAUAUCACAGAGUCAGAAUUUGUACUUGAUAGGAAUCGUUUUGUUAAUCCUGUUGAACUUAGUUCUCCAACAAAGGGAACGACUUGGGAAAUUCCUGUUGAUCCAUUGAUUAGCGUUAGCGGUAAGAACAACAUUGUACGUCGUUAUGUUGCUAAAUCACGCAAUCAUGGAAGUAUAAAGGAGUUUUGGAGCCGUGAUGAUUUUGAGGUUACGAUUACUGGUGUGCUGCUUAAUCUUCCUGAUACAGAAGAAUUAAAGAGUAUCCGUGAUAUUUGCGAGUCAGAAGAGGCGGUUAAAAUAAUUUGUCCGUAUCUAAAUGAUACUUACAAUAUAAACUAUUUGGCAAUCGAAACUUUCGAUUUUCCAUUUACGAAAGGUGAAGGAAACUAUCAGUUUACAAUAAAAGGCUACAGCGACGAAGACUAUCCAAUUUUAACGAAUCCAAAAUGA